CAAAACCUGCCGCUCCAGCCACCACAAUUCAGCCUCCAUUGAUCUCAUCCUCUAGAUCUGAAAGUCUCCGAGAGGCAAAAGCUCUAUCGUUGACUCAAAUUCUCUGAUCUUUCCGACCUCUGCGAUCACAUACAGUAGAACGGAAAAAUGAGCCGAGCACGGGAUCCACACAGAUCUUUCUUCCCUUUUGGAAACCCUUUCCGAAUGUUAUCACCUAAAGGCUCUCAAAUGUCCUCACAACUUCUUGGAAUAUUAAAUUCUUUUGAGGCAACACUGGCAGAGAGGCUGAAGAAGCUUAUGCCGAAAAACGAGGAUGAAAUUCGUAGUAUAUCAUGGAUGACCCUAGCAAUGGAAUCACUUUGUGAAACUCACAAUGAUAUAAAAACCCUUGCACUAGAUAUUGAUCUCCCUGUGAGUGAUUGGGAUGAAAAAUGGAUUGAUGUGUACUUAGACAUAAGUGUGAAGCUGCUCGAUAUAUGCAUUGCAUUUAGUUCUGAGCUCUCACGCCUGAACCAGGGGCAUCUUUUGCUUCAGUGUGCGUUACACAAUUUAAACACCCCCUCACCACAGCAGUUUGUGCGAGCAUGUUCUUCAAUCGAUGGAUGGAGGAAUCAUAUUAGUUCUAGGAAUCCUAGGAUUGAGAAAUGUGACACCAUUUUAGAUAAUCUUUUGGGAUCACUUGAUUUGCCAAAGGUUAAGAAUUCAGCUAAAGGGAAGGUUUUGAUGCAAGCUAUGUAUGGGGUCAAGGUGCAAACAGCAUUUUUAUGCAGUGUGUUUGCUGCAGUUUUCUCAGGCUCUGCAGAAAAGUUGUUAGGGUUGGAUGUAGCUGACACAUAUUUGUGGGCUCAAGCUUUUACAAGUUUGCGGAACGUUGUAAAUGAGGAAAUUAAAAUUAAAGUUAGAUUUUCCAAUGGAAGGUUUGCUGUAUUGAAGGAGUUGGAAGCAGUUGAUGCCUUUGUGAAGAAAUUAUACCCUAUAAUCCAGGGUGAACAAGAUGCUGUUGAGACAGAAGCGCUUCAGAAGACUGUUGAGGAAACAAGCAGGGCGGCAGAGAAGCUUUCACAAGGAUUAGACCAUCUUGCAAAGGAAGUGGAUGGUUUUUUCCGAGUAGUCUUAUCUGGCCGUGAUGCCUUGCUAUCUUCUCUGAGGUCAGGUGCAACUUUCUGCGACAAUAUCCCUAGGGGUACUAUGGAUGAGCAGAGAGUAAAUUGAAUAUGCUGCAACCUAACUCUGUUACAUACUGAUGGGCCUAGCCUUUAUGGCAUUGAUUGGAUUCCUGAUAUGUUAAAUGUUCUUGCUGAUGAAGAUCUCUCGGGCGAAGUUCGGCAACCUUGAAUCAAUCCCCAAUAGCUAUUGAGGCUUGUGCCUUUUGCUAUUUAAUAAGCAUAUGUGCACUUGGUGACCCAUCAACUGUUUCAGAGGCGAGGGAGCAGAAACAAUAUGGAGUUGGAAGGGUAAAACUCUGCAAAGGAUUACAGGGCAGGCGAAAGGGUUAUACCGAACAUUAACCGUGAUUGACAAAUUUAACAACCACUCAGAUAACUCUAACUCUAUGACAACGGUGACUUGAUAAAAUGUAUAGAAUUUUUUUUU